CAUCCCAAAACUAGAUUUGGGUAUUUUGUUAAGAAUAUCCUAGAUACCACCAUCCCCCAAUAAACGAUAUAAUCUGAUCAAAGCAAAGUCUUGCACUCCACAUAAACGAAAUUGCUUGUCUUCGUACAUGAUUCAACCGGUUGGUUCCUCGAAAGAUGAAACAACGAUCAACAUGAGUUGAAUCUCUGAUUUCUUUCUGAUGUGAUGCGUGUGGCUAUGUAAUAUAAAUAGCACCUUCCCUUUUUGUAUGGCGGGCGGCAUGCCGCAGAGCUGUCAUAUGUCAUCAGACAAAACCCAGGAAGCAAAUUCGUGUCCCUUCGUUCGAUGGUCAACCGGCAAUCUUAUUUCUAUGAAGGGCAGAUUGCUUUCAGAGCCACCAUUCUUCGCGUAUGAAAGGAAAGAGUUCCCAUUUUUUCUUGAACUGCCUUCGGCUUUGAUUCUUUGUUAAUCACAGGAAAAGAGAGAGAGGGGGAGAGAGAGUGUGUUCAUGAAGAAGCAGCAGAAUUAGGUGGGCGACCAAGGGAGAGCCAGAGAGGAGAGGGGUCUCUUGCAUCCAAGAAAGGCGUAUAGCUUCUCCUUUGAUGGUCAUGGGGGUCGCAGGUUCGAAGCUAGAGAAGGCUUUGGGCGACCAGUUUCCAGAAGGGGAGCGGUACUUCGGCCUCGAAAAUUUCGGGAAUACUUGUUACUGCAACAGCGUCCUGCAGGCACUUUAUUUCUGUGUUCCAUUCCGUGAACAAUUGUUAGAAUACUAUGCUAACAACAAUAAUUCGGGAGAUGCAGAGGAGAAUCUGCUAACAUGCUUGGCAGAUCUAUUUACACAGAUAAGCUCUCAGAAAAAGAAAACUGGUGUUAUUGCUCCAAAGCGUUUUGUGCAAAGAGUGAAGAAACAGAAUGAGCUUUUCCGCAGUUGCAUGCAUCAGGAUGCACAUGAAUUCUUGAAUUUCCUAUUAAAUGAGCUUGCUGAUAUCCUUGAGAAAGAGUUACUUGCUGCACAAGAGUCUCCAGAGGCUUCAUCACCAUUAGAAACUGCAAAUGGAAAGCACACCCUUCAAGCAAAUGGAACCCAGAAGGAGCCCCUGGCGACUUGGGUUCACAAAAAUUUUCAGGGAAUCCUCACCAAUGAAACUAGAUGCCUCAGGUGUGAAACAGUCACAGCCAGGGAGGAGACUUUUCUAGAUUUGAGCCUAGAUAUCGAGCAGAACAGUUCCAUCACCAGUUGUCUUAAAAAUUUUAGUUCUACAGAGACACUCAAUGCCGAGGAUAAAUUUUUUUGUGAUAAAUGUUGCAGCUUGCAGGAAGCACAGAAGAGGAUGAAGAUAAAGAAGCCUCCUCAUAUCCUCGUCAUUCAUUUGAAACGCUUCAAGUACAUUGAACAGCUCGGUCGCUACAAAAAACUAUCAUAUAGAGUUGUUUUCCCUUUGGAGUUGAAGCUCAGUAACACCAUGGAUGAUUCAGAUUCCGAGUAUUCUUUGUUUGCUGUUGUUGUUCAUGUUGGUAGUGGCCCUAAUCAUGGUCACUAUGUCAGCUUGGUGAAGAGCCACAAUCAUUGGCUUUUCUUUGAUGACGAAAAUGUGGAGAUGAUAGAUGAGUCAGCUGUUCAGACAUUUUUCGGAUCAGCACAGGAGUACUCUAGCAACACAGAUCAUGGAUAUAUCCUGUUUUACGAGAGCUUAGACUCCAGGAAGUAAUGCAAAGAUUCCUGGGGAUCUUCUCGUUUUUUCUCUUUCCCCAUUUUGAAAGUCGUCUCAGAGGAUCUCUGUGAGAUGUGGAGGUGUUUGCAGAUUCCUGUGUACAGACGAUGGUGGAAGCACGCGGUCCUUUGCACGUUGGACAAUGAGUGUAAAUGGUGGUUUUGACAGUUCAUAUGUGUUUGUAUUUAAUGAAAAUGUAGUUGCUUCAUUGCUCUGAAUAUCAAAUAAUGCUUUUGUAGUUGC